UGAUUUGAUGACUCUUGAAUGUCAACUUGAUAUAUUCAUGGAGAAUAUGCUAAAUGAUGAAAGAUUUCAAGGUUUAAAUGACCUUAAUUCUCUUUCUAUGAUGCUUGUUAAAACUAAUAAGCAUAAGACUUUUCCUCUUAUUCAUUUGCUUAUCAAGUUGAUGUUGAUUCUUCCGGUUGCCACGGCAAGUGUUGAAAGAGUCUUUUCCGCAAUGACAUGUGUAAAAAAUAAGUUGCGAAAUAGCAUGGGUGAUCAACUUAUGAAUGAUUGUUUGGUCACUUUUAUUGAGAAGGAUGUCUUCUUAAGAGUUUCCGAUGAAAAAGUUGUUGAACGCUUCCAAAAUAUGAAGACUCGAAGGAUGAAAGCGUAAUUUUAAUGUAAUGUUUAUGUAAUUUUUUUCAUCAUUUUGAAUUGUAUGACUAAGUAUGUUUUUUAUUUUGAAAUUUUAAUACUAAGUAUUAACCAAUUUGUGUGUUUGAGUUAUUUUUUGUUUUUAUUUUUUGUUAAGUUAUUUGUAAGUUAAGCAUUUUGUCCCCCCGAAUUGAAAAUCCUGGAUCCGCCACUGUAUCCAUAUGACCAUAUAUUCUCUUGCAAGAAUUUCUUCCUUUACAUCUUUUCCAAUUAUAUUACUAUAAUUUUUUUUUUAUUUUUUUUUUUGAAAGAAUUAUAUUACUAUAAUUAUUCACAUUUGUUCCCCCCUUUAUUUAAAUUUAUUAUUUUUUUAAAAAAAAAAAAAUCUUUUUCUACAAUAAAAAAAAUGCAAUCCAUCAAUCUAUCCUGCCUAUCCAUCCCUAUAAAUUGGCUAACACAACUCAAUUCUACACAUCUUCUACUAACCAAGUAAAUACAUUCAAUAGUUUUCAACUCUCAACUUCCCUUCUAACAAAACAAAAAACCUCAACUCCUUUAUUUUCAAAGAAAAUAUAAUGGAUAGAGUAAAUGAGCUAGCAAAAUCUAAGGCAGCUGUAAUUUUCACAAAGAGCUCAGACUGCAUGAGUCACAGCAUCAAGUCCCUCUUCUACGAGCUAGGAGCUAGCCCGGCAGUAUACGAAAUCGACCGUGAUCCUAGAGGACGAGAGCUCGAGAUGGCAUUGCAGAGACUAGGGUGUAAGCCUACAGUCCCUGCAAUCUUCAUCGGUGGCAUGUUCGUGGGAUCGGCUAAGGAUGUUCUUGCUGCCCAUCUUACUGGCUCUCUUAAAGACAUGCUCAUUGCUGCUAAAGCUAUUUGGUUUUAGCAAUAUACACAUCCUAAAACAAGGAUGUAUAUAUGUACUUUUCUCAAUUUUUUUUUUUUUUUUUUUGAAUGGAUGAAAUUUAUGGCCUCCAGUUUGAAAAGAGCUGAGCUAGCGAGCGCAGUGCAGCAUUUUUCGAGGGCUUUUCGUUUUUUGUAAGGCCUUGAUACAUAGCUGCAUUUUGUGAAUAACAAUGUAAUGUAACAAAAAGAGAAUUAUGAAGUAAGGCUUCAGAGA